AUGGCUGCCAACAGCAACAGCGCCAGCGCCGGCACCAGCGCGCCCCCCUUGCGACGCCGCGAGUCCUUGUCCGAGAUUCGAGCUGCCAACCCCGAGCUGGCUCUUAGCGGCAACAUCAUCUCGGCCACCUUCAACACACCGCAUUCUUUCGUCUAUCGAAAAGGCGGCGAUUGGGACUUGAAAGCUCGCCGCGGUCAGUCUGCGCUUCUCGACUCAUUCGCUUACCUUUCGUCCGACGCUACUCCAUGGAAUCACACCGUUGUCGCCUGGACGGGAGAGAUCGACGCUCCCACCGAUGACGUCGUUUCUUCACCUGGUACGCCCGCGCCAAACACACUAGGCGCCGCUUCUCUCAAUGCCCUCUCCGCGCCGGUCCCCGUCGAUGCCACCACUCGCCUGCCGACUCCGCCUCCAAUUGACGGUCUCUGGAUUCCCCGCGAGGAUCAGGAGCGUCUCGAGUACCGUCUGUCCCACAACAAGACAAUCCGCACUUAUCCCGUCUGGUUGUGUGACGAGUCCGAGUCUUCGUCUGAUGGCAUCCUCCUCAAGGAUCAGGCUCGCUGGCGCCGUUAUGCCGAGCAAGAUCUCUACACACUCCUCCACUACAAGCAGCAUGAGCCUACCGACGGCCGACGAGAGCGCAUCCAGUGGGCCGACUACUACCGCAUGAACCAGAAGUUUGCCCACAAGAUUAUCGAGAUCUACAAGCCCGGCGACAUUGUCAUCGUCCACGACUACUUCCUCAUGCUGCUCCCUAGCAUGUUGCGACAGCGUGUUCCCAACAUGUACAUCUCUUUCUUCCUCCACUCGCCUUUCCCUAGUAGCGAGUUCCUCCGCUGCCUGCCUCGUCGCAAGGAGGUGCUGGAGGGUGUCUUGGGCUCCAACCUUAUUGGGUUCCAGUCUUACAGCUACUCUCGCCACUUCCUCAGCUGCUGCACCCGAAUUCUCGGCUUCCCGUCUGACACGCUGGGAAUCGAUGCUUAUGGAACUCGCGUCCAGGUCGGCGUCUUCCCCAUUGGCAUUGAUGCUGCCAAGGUCGAGAGCUUUGCCUGGACCGCAGCUGUCAAGGAAAAGUAUGACGCCCUCCGCAAGCUCUACCACGGCAAGAAGAUCAUUGUCGGACGAGACCGCCUCGACAGUGUUAGAGGCGUUGCCCAGAAGCUGCAGGCGUUUGAGCGCUUCCUCGAGAUGUACCCCGAGUGGCGCGAAAAGGUUGUGCUCAUCCAGGUCACCUCGCCCACCAGCGUUGAGGCUGAGAAGGAGGAGUUCGAGGAAGACGGCAAGGUCGCCUCUCGCGUCAACGAGCUCGUUAUGCGCAUCAAUGGCAUGUACGGCAGUCUUGGAUUCUCGCCGGUCCAGCACUACCCCCAGUACCUCAACCAGGAUGAGUACUUUGCUCUGCUGCGGGCGGGCGACAUUGGCCUCAUCACUUCUGUCCGUGACGGCAUGAACACAACUAGUCUGGAGUACAUUGUGUGUCAGAAGGAGAACCAUGCCCCUCUUAUUCUCUCCGAGUUCAGUGGCACAGCCGGCAGUCUCCGUGACGCCAUCCACAUCAACCCCUGGGACCUCAGCGGCGUGGCAGAGAAGAUUAAUGCCGCCCUGACAAUGUCGGAUGAGAAGCGUCAGGCUAUGCAGUCCAGCCUGUACCGCCACGUCACCGAGCACAACGUCCAGUCGUGGAUCACCAAGUUUAUCCGCAAGGUGUACAACGUCUUGGGCGACACGGGCUCGGCCAACGCCACCCCCCUGCUUGACCGUGCUCUCCUCCUCUCCCAGUACCGGACAGCUAACAAGCGUCUCUUCAUGUUUGACUAUGACGGCACCCUGACGCCUAUUGUGCGCGAGCCCAGUGCUGCCGUGCCCUCUGAGCGCCUCAUCCACACACUGCAGCUGUUGGCGGCUGACCCCCAGAACGCCGUUUGGAUCAUCUCGGGACGAGACCAGGUGUUCCUGAAGCAGCACCUUGGUCACAUUGCUGAGUUGGGCUUCUCGGCCGAGCACGGCAGUUUCAUGAAGCACCCCGGUGCAGAUGAAUGGGAGAAUUUGGCUGAGAAGUUUGACAUGGGGUGGCAGAGUGAGGUGAUGGAGGUGUUCCAGAAGUACACAGACAAGGUUCAAGGAUCCUUCAUCGAACGGAAGCGAUGCGCCCUCACUUGGCACUACCGUCUCGCCGACCCUGAGCAGGGCGUGCACAUGUCGCGAGAAUGCCACAAGGAGCUUGAGGCCACCGUCGCGACCAAGUGGGACGUCGAGGUCAUGCCUGGCAAGGCCAACAUCGAGGUGCGCCCUACGUUUAUCAACAAGGGCGAGAUUGCCAAGCGUCUCAUCACCAUGUACCACAACCCUGGUGCCGAUGAGAUCCCCAACACCCCCAAGCCUGGACACCUCGAGUUUGCGCUCUGCAUGGGUGACGACUUUACCGACGAGGACAUGUUCCGCAGCCUGAACGCUGCUUCAGGCACCGUCCUCGACGCCAACCACGUCUUCACAGUGACUGUUGGUGCGAGCACAAAGGUGACACUGGCCAAGUCGCAUCUUCUGGAGCCAGAGGAUGUGAUUGAGUGCGUCGCCCUCCUGGCGGGUGUCCAGGAUGCCGGUGAGAGGCUCGGCGAGGUGAACCUCGGCGCGCUGAGCACAGUCGAGGGACGUAUCCCCGCCGAGAAGCUGUGA